UGAAAUAUGGCAGAGGCUGCAGCCAAAACUGUGUGGAAGAUCAGCCAGGGGCAUCUGGAAUGUCCGAUCUGUUGCUGUCUUUUCAAGGAUCCCAAGAUGCUAGACUGUCUGCACAGCUUCUGUCUAAAGUGUCUGGAAGAGAUGAUGAGCAAACAGAAGCCAGAGGCAGAGAAGAUAACAUGUCCAGUCUGCAGGAGAGAGACGCAAGUUCUUGAUGUAGGAUUGCAGAGUCUUUCUUCGUCUUUCUUUCUUAGCUCUCUUGUCGAUGAGGUCAAACAACAGGAGGCGGUAUUAGGAAAAGCAUCGAUACCUACCGCCACAUGUGACUGUGGAGAAGGCAAGGAGGCCUCUUGGAGGUGUCUUGACUGUAAUGAUAACUUCUGCCAAGAAUGCUGGAAAGCCCAUGGGAGGUUCAAGUACACGAAGAACCAUCAAAUCAUUUCAUUGGGAGAUUGGCAGAAAUCAAAGAUGCCUCCAGCAGAACAUAGCCAACCCAUCACCCGAAUAUGUACGAUCCACCAUGACCAGACGUUGUGUUUCUACUGUGACACCUGCGACACCUUAAUCUGCUCAAUGUGUGCCGCAUUAGAUCAUCGGUCGGCAGAGCACAAUUUCCUGAAGAUUGAUGACCUGAUCAGGUCCUUCCGCAGUGAGGUCGAUAACAUACUGCAGAAGUUUGAGAAGAGCAGGCAGCGCUUCAAAUCUACUGAAACCUCAAUCAAACAUGCACAAACAAGAUUACAAAAGAAACUGGCUCAUGCUCUAAGUGAUAUUGAUGCAAAAGCGGAGGCAGAGAUCACUAAAAUCAGAAACAAAGCAAAGCUUCUCACCAAAAGGGUCGAACAAAUCGGUCAGGAGAGAGACAGCGAGUACGAAAAGGCACUCUUGCACAACCGUGACCAGAUGGAACGCGCAGAUCAGACCAUCGCGGCAGUAAAUGACUUGAUGAGAAAAGCCGAUAAUUUUGAGCUUUUGGAGCUCAAGCCAAAGGUGAUGCACAACUUGGAAUUCCAGAAGGAGCUCAAGUUUGAACCGGCGAAUCAUGGUCCGUCAUUCAUCGGUGUCAAAUGUCACAACAUUGUGAGUGAUGAAGAUCUUGGGGAGGUCUGUGUUAGCGAGAAAUGGCAGUUAAAGGAAGAGUUUGGCAAAGAAGGUACCAGUGAUGAGGAAUUCAAAUUUGCCAGGGGUGUUGCAUGUUUCAGAAACGGGGACAUCAUAGUAACUGACACAAGUUUGAAACGGGUAUCGUUGUUUAGCUCAACUGGGAGGUAUAAAACAUCGGUUGCUAAAGGAGAUGCUAGGCAUCAGUUGGAAGCUCCCAUUGGCAUUGCCGUGACCCAUGAUGAUCUGCUUUUUGUCACGCACAAAAAGAAAGUGAAGGUUUUUGACAAUGAGCUCCACUUUGUUCGCGAGUUUACACCUUCGGCUGAUGAUACCGAUGGGCGAUUAGAGAGUUUUCUCACUGCUGUUGCUGUUGACAGUCAACGAGUAGCAGUCGUUGACAGGGGGAGAAAGGUCAUCAGUGUCCACAACCUGGACGGAUCGUUGAUUGCAAGCAUCUCAAAUAACAUGGUUGACUAUGACUUGGCAAUAAGCAAUUUUGGCUGUUUAGUCUUCACAAACUAUGAGGGCCAAAGUUUGCUGUGCGUUAACUUUAAAGGUAAAGAGAUGUUCAGUGUCAAGACAUUCAUGAAUGGCAAAGCUGCUAAGCCAACUGGUGUCCUGUGCGAUGAUGAUGAGACCAUCUAUGUUAUUGUUAAUUCUGAAAAUCGGGGAGACUCUGCAGUGCAGCGUUACGAUUCAAAUGGUGCAUUUGUAGCAACAGUAGCUCAGGGAUUGUACAAUCCGUUAGGAAUGGCGUUCACCUCCGCUGGCGACGUAGUUGUCACUGACCUGUACUCCGUUAAGAUCUUUGAGCGGAUGUGAUUUGCCUGAUUAUGGCCCCUCUGAAAAACUAACCGCGGUACUUGAACCGGGGCUAACCCAUAGAGCUAUAUUAAAUUACUAGAGCGCUAACUCUUCAUUCUUG